AAUUUUGUGACUGAAGCUAUAAAAAGUUUGUUAGAUCGCGGUCUUAUUGUGAAAUGUACAAAUGCUCCACACGUUGUUAAUCCGCUGACAGUUUCUUGUAAUAAUAAUGGUAAAAAACGGCUUAUUUUAGAUUUACGAAAGGUUAAUCUUCAUGUUUGGAAGCAAUCAGUAAAGUAUGAAGACUUGCGUUUAGCAUUGAUGUAUAUCAAAAAAAGAUUGUUGGAUGAUUAAGUUUGAUAUAACGUCAGCAUAUCAUUUUGUGGAUAUUUUUCUGCCACACACAGAUUAUUUAGGUUUUGCCUGGGAAGAUUAUUCAGGUAUUCUGGUCUAUUACAAAUUGUUGGUUCUUCCUUUUGGUUUGUCGUCUGCUUGUUAUAUCUAUACAAAAUUAAUGAGGCCAUUAAUUGCAAAAUGGAGAGGCGAAGGUAAAAAGAUCAUCAUGUUUUUAGAUGAUGGUUUUGGCACCGCAGAGACAUACGAUAAGACAGUAAUUAUGUCACGGGAAAUUAAAUCAGAUUUGUUGUUAUCCGGCUUGGUGCCUAAAGUUGAUAAAUUAUGCUGGGAGCCAGUGCAAGAACUACAAUGGCUAGGAUCUCAGUUAAAUACAGCUAAUUUCACCAGAUACGGAAGUGAAGUUGAUGGCUUGCCAGAGGUCUUGGCGGAGAAGGUAUCCUUGCUGCCCGAGUUGCUUAAAGUCACCAAAGCGGAAAACACGCACCUCAGUUACAAAAGGGGCUUCAAUCGAUGGCGUCGUUGGGGGUAUGCUAAUGGGCUUUCAAGCGGGGAUGCCUUGCCCGCCAAGGCUUUUCAAGUUGCGCUAUAUUUAGCGUCAAUUAUACAAACAGCUAGUAGUGCAAGUCCGAUUAUAAAUGCGUUCUACAGUAUAAAAUAUUAUCAUGAUUUAUUUGAUUAUGUAUCACCUACUGAUUCAAGACUUGUCAUUAAUAUGUUAGAAGCUGCAAAACGGCGUUUAGCGAAACCUGUGAAUAAGAAAGAACCAAUGACUGUUGAUUUACUGCAACAAAUGUACACACAUAUGUAUGUUGAAAAUGAUGUUAUGAAUCAAAGAUUUAUUUGUAUAUGCCUUUUAUCAUAUGCUGGGUUUUUAAGAAGUGCAGAGGUACUAAAGUUGAGAAGGAGUGAUGUUUAUGUAUUAACAGUAGUUACUUAA